AUCCCGAGGCUCAGGAUUCCUUCCGCUCCUUUUCCAGGAAAGUGGGAACUCGGAGGUGAUCCUGAUGAUCCUGGAUCUGGGCAGCCUGGACUCCGUGCGAGCUUUUGCGCAGACCUUCUUAGAAUCGGAGCCCCGUCUGGACAUCCUCAUCAACAACGCAGGAAUCCUUAAGGAUGGUCAAACGGCUGAUGGCUUUGACCAGGCCUUCCAGGUCAACCACUUGGCCCACUUCCUGCUGACCCACCUGCUCCUGGACCGGCUGAAGCGCUGCGCCCCGAGCAGGAUCGUAAUUCUGACCUCAAAUGCCCACAGCUUUGGGGAGAUCGAUUUUCGGACCAUCCACAAGCCGGUGGAGGGAAUACUGAAGGCCAUAUAUUCAUAUGCCAACAGCAAACUAGCCAACAUUCUCCAUGCAAGAGAGUUGGCCAACCGGCUAGAAGGAACCAACGUCACCUGCUAUGCGGUUCAUCCAGGAUUUGUUAGAACCGAAAUUAACCGCUCCUAUCCAUGGUGGGCAUUUUGGUUCCUUUGGUUCAUCAAGCUGUUCAUCCGAAAUAGCAAAGCUGGUGCCCAGACCUCCAUCUACUGCGCCACCGAGGAGGGCAUUGAGGGGCUGAGCGGGCGGUAUUUCGUGGACUGCCAGCCGAAGGUGCCCUCGCCACCGGCUUGCGAUGACCAGCUAGCCAAGAAGCUCUGGGAAUUCAGCGAGAGGCUUCUGGGACUGACCGCUUAAGAUGGGAAAGGGCAGAGACGGAGUCUGGGGUAACACAAAGUGGGCAUCCAAUUGUGUGGUGCGGCUGAGAGAAGCGUUGAAUUUCUGAGAGUUUGAAAAACUGGAAAAGAAUGGUGAGGUUUGUUGUGGUGAGUUGCCCAACGCUGGGCAUAAGAAUCUGUUAAAUAAAGAAAAAACCCCAUCAAGUCGAUCU